AUGUCAGAAAGUUCUAAAUUUUCACCCGAACAUCCAACAAUUCUCAGUUUGAACAAGUUGUGGGAGAGCAAUGAAAAUGACGAUAUCAGAAUUGGAGCAUUGGAAAAACGGAUGGACAAAAUGGAAAUCAAGACCAUAAUACGCUUCGAAAGAAUCGAAAACUUAUUGCAGCAAAUUGUAUCUGACAAGAUCAAGAGAACUAUUCUGAUAAUACCGAGCUAA